AUGGCCAGCGGAGACGUUGAACUACCGACUCCAUUCGCGGCGAUUCCCCGCCGGUCUCUCCUCCUCGGCCCAUCGCCCAUCCAUAUACUCGGGCGUCUCUCGACUGCUCUCGGCGACAAAGUCACCAUAUAUGCGAAACGUGAGGACCUCAACUCCUCGCUCGCUUUUGGCGGGAAUAAAACUCGCAAGCUCGAGUACCUCGUAGCCGACGCACUCGACCAGGGAUGUGACACCCUCGUGUCAAUAGGUGGGAUCCAAUCGAACCACACCCGGCAAGUCGCUGCCGUCGCCGCGCAUCUUGGGCUCAAAGCUGCCCUGGUCCAGGAGAAUUGGGUACCGCACAACGACCCAGGAUACGACAAAGUCGGCAACAUCCAGCUGUCCCGGCUCAUGGGCGCAGAUGUCAAUCUCGACCCGUCGACUUUUGGCAUCGAACACAAACAGACGUUGCAAAACCUCACGCAGAAGGUGAUCAGCGAGGGUGGUAAGCCGUACUAUAUCCCCGCUGGUGCAUCCGACCAUCCACUGGGCGGUCUAGGUUUUGCGCGCUGGGCGUUCGAAGUACGCGACCAAGAGACGCAAUUGGGCACCUUCUUCGACACGGUCAUCGUGUGCGCCGUUACGGGCUCGACCUUUGCCGGCAUGAUCGCCGGAUUCAGACUGCUCGAGAAGCUCGGGUUGUCCCCACCGCGAAAGGUCAUCGGCAUCGACGCCAGCGCAAAACCGCAACAGACGUUUGAUCAGGUCCUCCGCAUCACGAAGCAGACGGCCGCCAAGAUCGGACUCAACGAGGACGACAUAUCGGAGAAGGACGUCAUCCUCGACACGCGCUACCACGCCGGAUGCUAUGGCAUUGCCGACGAAGCCACACUCGAGGCUAUGAGGUUUGCAGCACGCACCGAGGCCUUUAUCACCGACCCUGUCUACGAGGGCAAGAGCUUAGCUGGGAUGAUGGAUCUCAUCAAGCGCGGGGAGAUCCCCGAAGGGAGUCGAGUGCUUUAUGCGCAUUUGGGUGGACAGAUGGCACUGAGUGCAUACUCGGAGAUACAAUAG